AUUUAGGGCUACGAAACACAGCCAUACUCGUAGAGUCCAACUCACCCAUCUCAGACCUCGCGAACUCGAGAUCCUUCCACUUAACCGCCUUCACACAACCUAAACCAUCAAUAUGUUGCGCUUUUUUGGCCAGCUCAUGAAUCCGCGGGUACGCCGUCUACGACCAAGUCCCAGCCCCGAUCCGUCAUCGAGCCCCGAACCCUCCACACCCCCAAACAAAGACGAAUUCAUUGAGAACAUCGAGCCCCUCACAUGCAGUCUUUGCCUAGAGGAAUACGAUGAUACUCAUGUCCCUAUCCAACUAGCCGAUUGCGGACACAUCUUUGGCGACCACUGUAUUGUUGAGUGGUUCGAGACCAAGAUACGAAACAACAAUCGCUGCCCUAUGUGCCGCGAGAAGUUGUUUCAGCAGGAGGAUUUUGAUAGAUAUGGGAACCCUAUUCCUCACGAAAAUGAAGAUGACGAGGAAGAUGAUGAGGGCGAGAACGUGGACGAUACCGGAGAUGAAGACGAAGACGAAGAUGACGAUGACGACGAAGAGGAAGAGGAGGAAGAGGAGGAAGAGGCGGAGUCAGAAGAAGAACAGUCUGAAGAGGAAGCGGAGGAUGUGGAGAGCCCAGCGAAACUCAAUGGAAACUACUCAUCGUCCACUGAAGACAGCGACGUUGAUAUGGCCUCUGGAUCAGAAGGCUCAGUGUCGGAUUUCCAACCUGACGAUGGCCCAGAGUCGGAUGAUGAAAUGGAUAGAAAUGGCGGUCCGAGGAUGCGCCCUGAGGAAUUGCGGGGAUUCGCCAAUAACAGAACGGUGGUAUGUGAGUUGCUACCGCAGAAUACCAAUCCUUGAGGGUCAGAACAUUUCCCAGAUACCUCUUGGCUGAAGAUCAUUAUGAACUUCCCUUAAAAUUGACUAAAACUUUAUGUUUCACUAAAGACAUUAGAUAACGCUUACUUUUGGUCCAC